AUGGAUGAACAUCAUGACAGUGCUCUACACUAUGGGCACGUAGGACGAGCCGUCUAUCUCCCCGAGGAGCAGGCCUGGACAUUUACUCGCUCCUUCGCUCAAGCCCCGUCGAUCCUGUAUACUGGAGUGACAGACACAAGCGUGCCGUCGCCUUUCCCUCCAGCAAAACCCAAAUCAACCCAGAGAGUCCCCGAAAAGAACCUCCGACACUUAAUUGGGAAUGCGUACCCCGAAUUAGCGGCAACAUGGUCCUCUAUCCGCCAAGAGCCCCUGUCUCGAGCCAUUACGACCACAAUCGAGCGAUUCGACCCAGAGAGUUCCUCCCUUUUCGAUAUCGGGUAUGCGACAGACAAAAGACGCUAUGAUAAGAAACUUCCCCCAGUUCCCAUUGCAGCAGCCGUAUCGGGCGAAUGUCGCAAUGUAAUAUCGUUCCGAACUUUGGAAGAUGCAAACUUGGAGUUGCGUUCGCCGACGCAUGCAGCAAUGCGUGCUCCAUCAAUUGGUGACACAGAGACUUCAGAAUGGUCCAAGUGUGGUGCACCAAUCCGUCAAGUUCACUUUGCGCGACUCAUCGAUGAAGAUCCUAUCUUCAUGGCUGCUCGUCUUCUUCGAAGUACCACGAUUUUUCGACCACUCUACCACUUUGAUCCUGUGCCCAUGCACUUCCCAGAUGAGACCCAUCUCAGACCAUCAAAUGGGCAAAAGAAUUCUCGACUUGAUGCAAACCCAAUAUUGGAAAUUUCAGUGGCGCAAACAGGUGGAUACUCGCAUUCGGAUGUGACCUUCAACCCAUGGUAUCAGCAGCAAUUCGGCAUUGUCGAUACGAGGGGUCACUGGAGCGUGUGGGAGAUCGACCAGGCGAAAAAUAGCAGGCAAGGCCAUACGACUGCUGGACUAGUCAAAGCCGGCAUUUUGCCCCCUCCUUUGAAGCGCAGUCGUCCUCCCCUCGAUGGCUGGGCGUCGAUUGAGUGGAUUCAUGAGGUCGGUUUGAUCAUUGUUGCCAACCGUCGCGAUGCUAUGAUCUAUGCAUUCAUAGAUGGUCAGACUCCACCUCGGACAGUUGUUCUCAACAUGCAGAAACAAUCUGAAUGGGUGUUGGAUUUGAAAAGAAACCCACGCAACCUAUCACAGUUCUUUGUCUUGACGACAAGUCGGAUAUUGUGGUUUGACAUAGGAAACUUUGGAGAACAAGAUUCCAGUUCAUAUCUACACCCUCGAGUCUCUUGGAGGCAUUUCCGGGAUCCCAAUGACACCACACUACGACUCAGUGAGCUGGUAGUGUACAAAGACCUGUACCUUGUUCUCUUCUCUCGGCUCACUGAGCUUGUGCAAGCAUUUCCUUGUCCCUUUACAAGCGACGAAGACACCAACUCUAUGUCUGUAGCGGAUCCUUUCGUUCUUGAUGGUCCUUCGAUGGUAAACAUGCCUUCGAGUGGACCAGAGCCCGUGAGAUUCUCGACAUUUGUGUUUAGAGAAGUUGGCUACUCGCCUUCGCACCUCAAACACCUGUAUAAUCCAAACUUGACCAUCAUCAAACUUUUCUGGAUGGAUUCCAAUCUCGCAAUCCAUGAAUCCGUGUUUCGCGGUCCACGAGGAGACCCAGAAGAUCCAGACUUGUAUUGUGAAAACAACGUCGUGCGUUUGCGCAAGCGUUAUGCCCCAACCAAACGAGUGAAGAGAGCGGACGAUUUCAUUGUGGAUGACUGGGACGAAUCGGCGAUGCAACAAGCGACUGUUCCUCGUUGCAAAAGCAAAAUUGGCCCCAGACCUGCAGGCCCAGACUUGCAGUGGUCUCUGGAUCUCUCUCACAUCUACUCUGUAACCAUUGGACGGGCGGAAAUUCCGCCGAAAAGGUCCAACACAAAGAAAAGGCCCGCGCCAGGGCCAAAAUCAUUUGAUGAUAUGCUCGAUGAACUGCAACGCAUCAAGCCACGGAAGAAGGCCUCCAGCAAAACGAUAUUUGAACUCAGCGACAAAAGCAUUUCAACAGAACAGCUUGACCAAAGCGCGCGCGACAUCAAACGAAUCUUCUCGACAAUCAUGCCCGAAGCCCAUGACCUGGAUGCCGCACACCGAUAUCUUCUUCUGCCACUCCAAUCCCAAAACACGGGAUAUGGCAUGCCAACGCACUUGUCAGGAGAGGCAGACCAUCAUAUGCUGGAGGCUUACGAUCAAAUGGUCGAUGAUUGGGUGUCCACACUGCGUCCUCAAAUCCCCGUCCAAGUGCGACUCGCCAAAGAGAAGCUCGUCCGCAAGGUCGCAGCCGACCUCCUUCUGUCGCGAGUGGUUCAAACGAAGCCAAUGAAUUUCGUCGAAGAUCCAAUCACAACACAAAACGAACAAGCCGUGUCACAGAACCAAACUCUACCCUCGAGCUUUGCUCCAUCGAUCCCUGCAAGUCAAUCACAGGUGACUAAUCGCACAAGGUCCGGGAGAGUCAAACCGCCGUCCAAGUACUCGACAGUACCAGUACUGAGCGGCCUCUCGGCAUUCACUACGUUCAAAAAGCAGCGUCCAAUGCCCGCAAACGUGUCUAAUCUUCUGUCCCACUGGUCUGCCGGGGAUGAUCCCUCCUCAUAUAUCUGGGAGAAGAUUGAAGACCAGGAAACGCGCGUUAGCCAAACGCCCCGAACACCCAAACGCAAGAAGCGCAUGAAGCCUGAACAACCCUUGCCUGCUACUCCGUUGGUCCCUAUGGUCCGAACGUGGGGUAGUCAACCCGUGCCACAAAUCACCAUCAACAGUAGCCAGCCUGUACCAAUGACACAGGCCGAGCGGGGAGCCUUUGGGGCAAAGAAAAAGAAAAAGAAGCGAGCGGCGGGUUUUUAG